AUGAUAUGGACAGGCAAAAGUCUCGCACAAGAUGUCGGCGCCUUUGAUCAUCUUGGUGGUGCAGUUGUCCAUCACAUUGAUGGCAUGGAUUACGCUCAGUCUAUAUCCCCUGGACUGUUCAUUCAUGAUGCUCGUGAUGUUGACGAAACCUCCCUUGCCACUUCCCACGCCCCUAUCACUGCCACUGCCACUCAAAUCACCAGUGUCAUUGUUUCAAUUGAGCCAACUGGUGGCACCACCAGCAAGGUGCCUGCUAUUCCAACCGAAGUAACCCGUGUCACAAUCCCUGUUCCCUCCAGUGAGAGUUCGGAGACUCCGGGCACUCCGACUGAGACCACUCGGAUCCCGUCCUCCAUCAGCUCGACCGACAGCGGAAAGACCACUAGUCUACCGACUGAAGUGACUCAUGUUCCGGUUCCUGUUCCAUCCAGAAAGAGCUCAGACGUUCCUGUCAACCCAACUGAGGUCACUCGAGUCACCAUUUCUGUGGGACCCUCGCAGACUUCCCAUGGCGGCUCUUCCACCAUGGCUGUCGUAACCCGCGUUACUUUCUCGAUCUUGCCCGGUGGCACAUCCAAAGUUUAUGUUACUGAGACGCUGACUGAAAUGGAGCCCUGCAGUGAAUCAACCACCGAGCCUGUGAACCCUCCUCCUACAGCAUCGGUUCCUGUCUCGAUUCCCGCUCCUGGGACGGUAACGGAGACAGAGACAGAGACUCUGCCAUGCUCCCACCUUUGUUCUUCUACUGGCCAAGUGACUUUCACUGUCAUUCCUAUCGUGAGUCCAACCAAGUCGACCCCACGGUCGACAUCGAGCUCGACUACGGGGGGAUUGACCUUCACCAUCAUCCCGAUUGGCACCCACCCCGGCUCUGCUCCAGUGACCUCCAUGGCUGAAACUGAGAUCCACGUGAGCUCUUCCCUCGAGAAUCCCAUCACUCAAAUUGCCACAGAGUCCCAGGUGGAAACGGGUUCUUGCGGUACUUCGACUCUAUGCACCUCUUGGAAGACCACUUCCAUCUGCGUUACGUCUGCUGUUACUCUAACACACACAAUGGUUGGCGGGAAGGCGUCUUUGGAAUCAGGCAGUUCUCUCAUGACCUCAGGUGCGACCACACUGAUUGGCGCGCCGACUGCUUCUGCUGGACCUGAACAAUCCAGCAUCGGGGUGUCUGGUAGCGGCCACCAGCCCAUUGGUGCGGGCACCACGGCCAUCGCCCUCCCCACGACUGAACCUCCUUCUUUCAGUGCUGGCGACCAGCUUGAUAUCUCGAAAAAGCUGACGAUUACCAGUCUGCUCUUGCUUGCUUGCGCUUUUGUGCUGUGA